GUGUGGGGGUGACGACGAUCAGGAUGGUGCUUCUGGUCUCCAUCAGCCUCGAUGAGGAUUUAGAUUUACAGUAGCGGAGCUCUCUCUGUGGCCUGACCUGAGGAUGUACGGUGAUGGAGAGGGCACCGUGUGGGACCGGGUCGGGCGGCCGCACCGGGACUGCAUGUGCUACCUUGGACCUCCGACUACUUUGAUGCCGAUCGGGAUGCGCAAGUCUCCCGACGUGAGCCCCAGAAGGCUUUCGGACAUCAGCCCGCAGCUCAGACAGCUCAAGUACCUGGUGGUGGACGAGGCCAUCAAAGAGGACCUCAAGUCGUCCCGCUCAGUUGAGGACAUCAACAGCGCCUCCAUAGAGGAGCGGAUACUGCGGAUCACUGGCUAUUAUGGAUAUCAGCCAUGGAAUGCGAGCUACAAAAGAGAAGACCGCGCAAGGGAGAACGUGGUCGGCACCACAGAUGCUCAGGCGGCCGGUGGCUCUUCGGGGGCAGAGGCCGGCACCAACAGACGGAGGCUCCACUGCUGCAUCAGGGUAACGACUGUGCAGGUGCAGAAGGCCCUGUGGGGGGUCGUCAUGGUGAUGUGUGUGUGCUCCUCCUGGGCAGGCGCCACCCAACUGGCCAAGCUGACCUUUAAGCAGUUUGAUGCGCCCUUCACCCUCACCUGGUUCGCCACCACCUGGAAUUGCCUCUUCUUUCCUCUCUACUACAUCGGUCACCUGUGCAAAAGUCCAGAGAGGCAGACGCCCAGACAGAGAUUCAGGGAGUGCUGUAGGUUUUUCGGGGACGACGGACUGACCCCCAAGGUUUUUUUCACCAAGGUUGCUCCUUUCGGCCUCCUGUGGAUCCUCACCAACUACCUGUACCUGCAGGCUCUCAGGAAGAUCAACACGACAGACGUGUCAGCGCUGUUCUGUUGUAACAAGGCCUUCGUCUUCCUGCUCUCCUGGAUUGUACUCAGAGAUCGCUUCAUGGGAGUCAGGAUAGUAGCUGCUAUCUUGGCCAUAGCAGGUAUCGUAAUGAUGACCUAUGCUGAUGGAUUCCACAGCCACUCAGUCAUUGGUAUCACUUUGGUUGUGGCCUCUGCUUCAAUGUCGGCACUCUACAAGGUGCUCUUCAAGAUGGUCCUGGGCAGUGCCAAAUUUGGAGAGGCUGCGCUCUUUCUGAGCAUCGUCGGAAGCGCCAACUUUGUUUUCAUCAGCAUCGUGCCGAUCAUCCUGUAUUUUACACACGUGGAGUACGUCGGCUCACCCGAGAACAUCCCCUGGGCGUAUUUGUGUGGGGUUGCAGGCCUGCUUUUGGCUUUCAACAUCCUGGUGAACUUUGGCAUUGCGAUAACAUACCCAACAUUAAUCUCCCUUGGCAUCGUCUUAAGUGUUCCUGUAAAUGCCAUGGUGGACUUCUACACGUGUGAAAUAGAUUUCAACACAGUGCGCAUCAUCGCCGUGUUCAUCAUUUGCCUGGGAUUCCUCAUGCUGCUGUUACCCGAGGACUGGGACCAGUGCAUCAUCCAGCUCAGCAUGAAGCUGCGCAAACGAGACGAGCCAACAGAGGGCAGCGGAGAGGCGGGUACCACCGCGGGGCUGAACUGGAGAGGGAGAGCCAGGACGUCCACAUUAGCACAUUGACGACUUGUGUAAUGUGAAAAUGUGAAAUGCAAACACACACAUACAGGGAGGAAGGUGCAUUAAGAUGCAGUUCCGGGACAUUUGACCUGCCUUGUGUCCUGCCCUCUCUCUCCCACAGCUCCCUGGGUGGAAAAAAAAAAGAUUUUGGACUGCUUUGUGUUCAGCCAAGACAGGGGAGUUAAGAAAUUUCACAUCUUUACUUUGGCGUCCAUUCCACUCACAAGCUAUCCGAGUUGGGGCAUGGACUCAUAAACUCUAUAAUCCCUAAUGCCCCCCUCGAAAACUAAAAGAAAAGAAAAAACAACAGCAAGAUUAACUGUUGACUUCUGUAUUUUUUUUUUUUCAUACCUCAAAAUCAUUCCAUUGCUUCAACUACAUCCUUGCACUUGGGAAAACUUGCCUAUUGGCUAAAGGAGGGUUCAACACCUUGUGGACUUGCUUACUUUCACAUAUACACAUUGACAUGUGUGUAAGAUCCAAAGAAGAAGAAUGCCUGAAAAAGAGGAGGCCAACAGUGGCUUCCUUCAGGUGACAACCUAUAAUAAAAUACCUGCCUUCCUUGCACUGUACAUAGCUGGAUUUCACACCUUUGGUGAUGUGGAGCUGUGGACCAGACAAGCGGUUCUGGUGUGAAGGGACUUGUCGGGACAAUCUGUGAGGAUCAAUCUGAGGAAUCUGAGGAAGCUUUCACACACACUGUGAUUUUGACCAUACUGACUGACCGUCAAAGGUUAUGUGUUUUCCCGGGGACUAAACUCCAGUUCCGUUGACACUGACACCUGUCGCUCAGGCCCACAGAUUUAAAGACCAGUAACUCCGAUGCAUAGGUUUUUAAUGCAUGAGAUGGUUGUUUGUUAAAAAAAAAAAAAAUAACAACAAUAUUAAGUGCUGUCAGUCCAUCCAUGAAUCCUCUCAAUUUCUGUUGCAUUGGCAGCAACACUACUAACAUUUUAUUAUCCAGGCAAUGCAGGUAAAAAAUGUGUAUUAAUGUACUGUCAUUCAAAUCAUAUAAAACUGUCAUAAUUAAUGCUUCAGGUGUCCAAAUCUGUGGAUGGACUCGAGGCACUAACAGCUUUGGAACACUUGGAAAUAGCCCUUUAAAUUUGGCCAUCUUACAAAGCUACCACUGAGCCUCUCUUUUGAAUUCCUGUCUCAUUUAACGUUCUAGAAUUACACGCACACAUGCAGCAGAUAAACUGUUUUAUUUCUGGGGAGGAAAAAACAUGAUGGAAACUUUCUCACUGUGGCUCGAAGGAGAAGUGUGUUGGCACGAGGGGAAAAGGCUCAUAUCUGUCCAGCUCUUUUUUUUUGUUCUGCUCUUUAUCAAAAUCUUACAGCACUCGUUUCCAUUUAUCGCGUUUCAUGAGGCAACAGGGACGGACAAACGUGGAAGAAA